CAGGCACACAGUAGCUGUGUAGUAGCAGUGUGCCUAUGCAGACGGAGGGAGCAGUGACCAGCGAAAGGGUGUUGCCACCAUGGCCCUCGAGCAGCCCCUGGCCAAAAUCAGGGGCCAACUCCGGAUCCGCAGCCUCCUGGCCCGACAGUGCCUGGCAGAGUUUCUGGGUGUGUUUGUGCUCAUGCUUCUCACUCAAGGGGCUGUGGCCCAGGCUGUCACCAGUGGAGAAACCAAAGGCAACUUCUUCACCAUGUUUCUGGCUGGCUCUCUGGCUGUUACAAUAUCCAUCUACGUGGGUGGCAAUGUCUCAGGUGCCCACCUGAAUCCAGCCUUUUCCCUGGCCAUGUGCCUCCUGGGACGUCUCCCCUGGGCAAAGUUCCCCAUUUACUCCUUGGUGCAGCUGCUGUCUUCUUUCUGUGCCUCGGGAACCACCUAUAUUCUCUACUACAAUGCCCUACAGAAUUAUACAGGUGGGAACCUGACAGUGACUGGCCCCAAGGAGACAGCCUCCAUCUUUGCCACCUAUCCUGCCCCCUAUCUGUCCCUGAACAAUGGCUUCCUGGAUCAGGUUCUGGGCACUGGGAUCCUGAUUGUGGGGCUCUUGGCCAUCCUGGACAGACGGAACAAGGGAGUCCCUGCAGGUCUGGAGCCUGUGGUGGCGGGGCUGCUGGUCCUGGUCAUCGGGCUAUCCAUGGGUGCCAACUGCGGGUUCCCACUCAACCCUGCCCGGGACCUGGGCCCACGGCUCUUCACCUACAUUGCUGGCUGGGGCCCUGAAGUCUUCAGUGCUGGUAAUGGCUGGUGGUGGGUGCCUGUGGUGGCCCCUCUGGUGGGGGCCAUUCUUGGCACAGCCACAUACCAGCUGCUGGUGGCUCUGCACCACCCUGAGGACUCGGAGCCAGCUCUGGAUCUUGAGUCUGCCCAACGCAAUGCCUCAGAGUUGGAGACUUCUGCCUCAGCUGAGAUGCUGGAGUACAAACUGUGAUAACCACAGCCUUCUCUGCACUCGCGGAUACUGGACAAAGUCACCGACCCCGCCUGGUAGCGAGACAAACAUUCUUUCUCAUUAUUAAUAUGCCAGACCCUGGGAAGCUUUUCCGUUUACCUAUCUAGGCAUCCCUUCCUCUUAAACUGGGAAGGAUCGUGGACACAGAGAACUGGAGGAGGAUAAGGCCUGGGGACUCAGGCCCCUCAUCCCCUCCUCCUCCAAGCCGGGUUUCUGAUCCUCAGGCCCUCUAAGAACGUAGUUGCUCAAAGUACCCGCCAGAGGGUGCGCCCCGGGAUGCUGGGUAGAGAAGACUGCGGGAAUCUGCGGAGCGGAGGGGCCCCCCCAUCCAGAGUCGCGCUGGGGAGCCUAACCCUGAGGACUCCCUUCAACGCGUGGUCCCAACCGCCGACCUCCAGCUCUCACCACCAGCGCCGCCCGCCUCUACCUUCGCAGGGGCGCCUCCCUGGACGCCGCCGCCCCAGGCGGUGAUUAGGGGUGGGGAAGCUGUCUCCACCCGGGGGCGUGGUGGGGGCGGAGAGCGGGAGCGCGGCGGGACACAGCCCUUCCCGCACCUGGAGACUGGGAGAGCAAGGCGGAGAAACUGAGGCACAACCCUGUACCUAGGCAUUCCGGGGCUGUAUCAUUCAAGGAGGGGAUGAGAUACAGUGAGAUAAACCGGGGCCAGGAGAGAAGGCGAAGAAGGAACAGAGGGCGGACUGCUCUGAGGAGCGUGGGUCGGGGGCUAAGAGGAAACUGACGCUGAGGAAAAUUCUCGUUGUUCACCGCUCUUCCAGCUCUCACGCCCCUCCCUGCAGAAGAUGCUUUUUUUGCAGAGGAGGCACUGUUCUUCUAUUCCCUUUCUUACAAAUUAAAAAAGAA